AUGGCUAGACCCAUGGGGUCAGUCCGUCUUAAGAAGACGAACCCUUUGACCCUCGCCCUCGGCGUCCUUCUCUGCGUCUUCAUCAUCGUCUUCCUCGUCGCCCCCUCUGGUUCAUCCGUCACCUCGCGCCGACUCGAUGCCGUAACCGCUGAGCAUCACCUCUCGCCGCCGACAUCCCCGUACCGAAAGCCCAGCUCGCGCUCUGGCAUCCAGCUCAAGCCCCCGCCUGUUGCCCACUACAACCUGAACAAUGUCACCAUCACCACGUCGCCCAUCGAGAACCGAGAAAAUGUCUUGAUCCUGACCCCCAUGGCCAGGUUCUAUCAGGGGUAUUGGGACAACCUCUUGAAACUGAGCUACCCCCACGAGCUCAUCACUCUGGGCUUUAUCCUCCCUAAAACCAAGGAGGGCAACCAGGCCACGACCGAACUGCAGGAGAGGAUACACAAGACACAGAAGCACGGCCCCGAGCAAGAACGCUUCAAGAGCAUCAUCAUCCUGCGACAAGAUUUCGAGCCGGCCUUACAGUCUCAGGAUGAGAGUGAGCGACACAAGAUGCAUAACCAGAAGGCUCGACGGGAAGUCAUGGCCAAGGCUCGUAACUCAUUGCUUUUCACCACCCUGGGCCCCGAUACCUCAUGGGUCUUGUGGCUUGACUCGGACAUCAUUGAGACCCCGCCUGACCUGAUUCAAGACCUGGCUACCUACGACAAACCACUGAUCGUUCCCAACUGCUUCCAACGGUACUAUGACGAGGAGCAUAAGCAGAUGGCCGAGCGACCUUACGACUUCAACAGUUGGCAGGACAGCCCAACGGCGCUGGAGUUGGCUUCCAAGAUGGGCCCCGACGAGAUUCUUCUCGAGGGCUAUGCCGAGAUGGCGACCUACCGCACGCUGAUGGCGUACCUGACAACCGCGGACGGCGAUCCUCGAGCUGUGAUACCCCUGGAUGGUGUCGGUGGUACCGCCCUCCUGGUCAAAGCGGAUGUGCAUCGCGAUGGUGCCAUGUUCCCGCCCUUCUCCUUUUACCACCUCAUUGAGACGGAGGGAUUCGCCAAGAUGGCGAAGCGGCUGGGCUGGCAACCGUGGGGUUUGCCCAAUUACAAGGUCUACCAUUAUAACGAGUAG